ACCACGAGUCCGGACAGCGCACCCUCGCCCUCGGGUCUCAACAAGUCACGGUGCGCGCGCCGCCGCGCAGCGCGCUGCGCACCCCGCCAUUUUACUACACCACCGUAUUUCACCAACACCGACUCGAAAAACAUCAUGAAAACUUAACUCAGACCCGCAGAACAGUGAAGCAGGAUGAAUUUCGCGCCGUUCACCGGGCAUAUCCCGACAGCGGCGGCCAUCCCCACCAUCCAGCACUUCGCCGCCAAGUUCGGCUACGAGGGCUCCAGCACCGUGCAGGAGAGAUACCAGGGAAAUGUCCAGUUCGUGACGCCGGCAGUGGACGUCAAGUUCCGACAGGCGGAGAUGGUGGUUCCGGCGGUGGACGUGAAGUUCCGACAGGCAGAGAUGGUGGUGGUGAGCAGCGCGCCGGCUGGCGCCGUCACCCUGGCGGGGAUAGCGCCCAUACACACCGUGAACAGCGGAGUGAAGUACCAAGCGAUAUCAUCCUCCACCGUGAACCUAGGCAACGUGUCGUACGGACAGACGUACGUGCAGGAGCCGAAGGAUAAACGGGAGUACCGCGAGGAAGACAUCAUGGCUACUAUGCUGCAGCAACAGGAGACCAUCACAGUGAGCGGAGCCCCGCUGCAGCAGGGCUCGCAGCAGCUGCUGGUGGUGCUGCACGAGCCGCGCGCCAUCAAGCAGGAGGCGCGCCAGCCCGUGCCCGCCGAGUUCAUCAGUAUCGGCGACGUGUCGGACGCAACGUGGCAGUCGCUCGGCGGCGGCGUCGCCGACUACUUAUCGGCGUUGCCGCUGCCGCUGCACCACUUGCUCAAGUACUCGGACAAGCGCGAGGAGCCAGUGCUGGUGCAAGUGCCUAGCGCGCCAGUAGCGCAGCAGGUCCCAAGUCCCACAGUAAACACGGUGGUGGUACAGACGGCGCCGGCGACGCCGCCGCCGCCCAAGAAGAAGAAAAAGAAGAAAGCCGCUAAAGAGAAGAAGCCCCGGCCUAAACCCGGGGAGAUUCGCCUCACUACCGCGUUGGAUGGCAGCACUCUAUACUGCUGCCCGGAGUGUCACAUGGCGUACCCGGAGCGAGGACUGCUGGAGCAACAUCUCGUGGGACACACCAUGGAGAGGAGGUUUAUUUGCGACAUCUGCAACGCAGCCCUAAAGCGCAAGGACCACUUGACGCGGCACAAGCAGAGCCACAACCCGGAGCGGCCACACGUCUGCUCCGUCUGCCUCAAGGCGUUCAAGCGGCGCGAGCAACUCACGCUGCACUUCGUCAUACACUCGGGCGAGAAGAGACACGUGUGCAACGAGUGCGGCAAGGGUUUCUACCGCAAGGACCACCUGCGCAAGCACACGCGGUCGCACAUCGCGCGGCGCGUGAAGGCGGAGCUGUCGCUGCGCGCCUCCUCGCCCCCCUCCCCGCCGCUCGCCGCCGCGCCCCGCCCCGCGCCCUCCUGACACGACGACAAGGGCGACCUCAUCACGCUCAUACAGGCCGCCAAGGAUGUCUUCUGACUCGAUGAGUUAGGUGUCAAAUAUAUUGAUGCUUAAAAAACGUUAGCUCUUUCAAACGUUGAAGAGAUUUAAGGCCUGUACACGCCGGCUUGCGUGUGCGUGACGUGCGCGUGCGUAUUUCUUUUGCAUUUUUAACAACUGCCAGAAAAGACCGCAAAUAAAAAUUAGGUAACAGUUCGAGUGGCAUAUAAAUAUUAGGUGUAGAGGUAUGUUGUGAAAAUUUAAAUAAAUGUGAUUUUAUUUAAAUAAUAAUUUAAAUUUACUGUGAUCGUCAAAAAUAUUUAGAAAAAAUAAAGUACACCUAUUUAAAUUGAAUGUUGGCAACCUUGAAAAGAGUUGUUUUUAUUAUUUGUUAGUAAAUAUUGAGAUUGUGUAUUUGUUUUGAAAUUCUAAAAUAAUACAUAUAAAUAUGAUAAUAAAGUAAAAUACUCUGUUUGCAAUAUUAGGAUAUAGUUAUUAUCAGUUCUUGUUAUAUAGAAAAUAUAAAUUGGUUAAAAUUGUAAAAAAAUGUUUAUAGUUAGUCAUAACAUAGCGCAUUUUGACAUAUUUUUAUAUAAGAUCUAACUGUCGCCUAUAACUAACAUAAAAUCAAGCUUAUUAAUAACUUUGUAGGAAAAUAAAGUGAACCAUACACACACAUCAUACAUACACUUACAGACAUACACUUUUUGUAGUAUAACUCAAACCAUUCAAGAUAUAGUAUAAUGAAACACUAGAACUAGGAUGAUAUAGGAGUACUUACAAUUCCAUAUUUUUGUAAAUUAGUUCUAGCCAUGUCAACUGUGUUCAUUUCUUUAAAACGUAACCUUAGAAUUAAAGUACAAAAGUAAUACUUACCUACAUUUACUUAGCGGAAGCAGUUAUAAAGUUGACCCAAAAUUUUUUUAUUAAGCUAUGAGCUUCAUCACAUAUGUUCCUUGAGUAAUUCUAAGCAUUUCAAGCCUGGGAGGCAAUAAGAAAUGUGUGUCUACUCGGAUUUGUAAUGGAUUCAAACUUUCAACCCCUUUUUAACCCUGUUAGGGGAUGAAUUUUACAAAACGCUGAAAUUACUUUUCCUGUCUUUUAAUAAUAUCCCCAAAUACAAAGAUUCAAGUCCCGCGUUCGAAAUUUUUUUUGAUAUCCAUACAAACUUUCAACUCCUUUUUCACCACCUUAGGGGAUGAAUUUUCAAAAACGCUGAAAUUAGUUUUCUUGUAUUUUAAUAAUAUAUCGUUUUACGAAGUUUCAAAUUCCUAGCUUAAAAUAAAACUUGAACCCCAUACAAACUUUCAUCCCCUUUUUAACCCCCUUAGGGGUUGAAUUUCUCAAAAUCGCUUCUUAUCUCUUGUACACUUUAUAAAUGUAAUCUAGUGUGCAAAUUUCAACUUUCUAUCUUUUGUAGUUUCGGCUCCGCGUAGCAAAAAUCUCCAACCAAAUUUUUCACCUUUUUACGUUUUUCUUGUAAAAUUACUAUGAAAUUGAAAAAACAAAUAUCAGCAAUGAAUUCUACGUCUUUGGUUUAUACGAAAAUGAUACCAAACUUGCCCUAGUACCCACCAGGAUCAGAGUAGAUUUUUUUUAAAGAUGACGGA